UUUUUAUCUGAAAACGUAAACGUAAACGUACGUCAUUUAAAGAUAUAAGUUAAAGUAAAUCGCAUUUUAUUCUACAUGAACUUAAAAAAGUAUCUCUUUCCUCUUCCGGGUGAAAUAAAAUUAUUAUUAGUUUUUCAUCUUUUAUUAUUUUAAAUAAAAUAAUGAUAAAUGAAAAAACAAAAAGGAAAACAAAAAAUUAUUCUAUUUUAUUUAAAAUUUGAAAGAAUGAUACCGAAUAACGUGUCGCAUGUCACGUGGGAACUGGGAGAUGCGCUAAAAACACUGAACUACAAUUUUAUGGUUAGAAAGAUGACAGAUACUUGGCGUUUGGAUGUUUUGCCGAGCGAUGUACUGUUGCUAAUCUUCGAUUAUUGCAAUGAAUACGAUUUGUUGCGGCUCAGUGAAGUGUGCAAGCGAUUUUAUGAGAUCAUACGAUCAGAUGUGGCCUGGGUCGAGAAGAGUAAAAGAUAUCUCGCCACGAAUCAAGCGACGAAAAGAUUUCGUGAAAGGUGUCUCACAAUAUUGCGUCCACGUGCAACGUGGCGCGUAUCUUACAACUGGCAUUAUGGAAUAUACAAAAAAAAAACGAUAUUUACGCGGAAAACAAGACUCAUGCCAUGGUUAAAAUUGUCAAACAAUAUACUUUGGUGGUGCGGUGGUAAUCAACUUGUUGGCUUUAAUCGAAGCGACGAAAGACAAUUAGAUGAACUUUUAAUAGAAGAUAUAUAUGAAAAAGACGAUUUCUAUUAUAUAGAACAAUACACAGGAGGUGACAUCUGCAAAUUCGUUCUUUGGAAAAACUUCAUCAUAUGUGGCUAUACAAACGGCACUAUACUCUAUUUUUUGAGAAAGUUUUCUGAGAAAGUUGAAAAAAACAAAUAUUUCAUUGUAAAUGGACUUUUGAACAAUCGGUCUUGCGUCAAUGCUAUAGAUGCUACAUCGGAGAAUGUUAUUGCGGGUUUAGAAUGUGGUACGAUAAAGAUACAGAGACAUCCAGAUAUGGAUAGGCCCGUUUACGACGAAGAGAUCUGUAUAAGACUAAUGGAUAAAGUGCAAUCGCUCUCAGUUAAUCCUACGGCAACAAAAUUUGCCGUCGGCUCGUCCGGAAUUUCUGACGUUUCACCACUACAUGUAAUCGAUAUCGAGCGUUACACAACAGUUGAUACAAUGCGACACGCGUGGAAACACGGCGCUGGAAUAUUAGACAUGGUAUGGGAUGAUCCCAACACUUUACUCACUUGUGGCUAUGACACGUACAUCCGAAAAUGGGACUUGAGAACUGGAAAAUGCGUUUGCUCGUGGGCGGAUCCAACCGACGCAACAUUGUAUUGCAUUUCAUCCGAUCAUCAGUACACCAUGGUGACAGGGACGCAGUAUAAUUGUUUAGCUGUCCUGUGGGAUCAGAGGAAGAGUGAUUUUGUUCAGCUGUAUUACAUGACUUCAUCAUCGCGAUCGUCAUCUCGAUGCUCACGCAGCCCAAUCUACUCUGUACAAUUUGAUAACGUACAUCUGUACUGCGCUACAGAUAGGCACGUGAGGGAAUUGAACUUCUCAGAAACCCGUUCAAAAAAUCAGAAGUUUGAUUACAAGUCACUGUAUCCGUCAUGUGGAUUGCUGGGCAGCUGCAGGUAGAGUCGAAUAAAAAGUUUUCGUGCUGGAAAUUUAAUUGCAAUUUGUGACGACAGACAUGGAAGAUACGAAGGACGAAAUCAAAUUCUGGGAAUAUUGAAUAGUGUCAUGUACUUUGUAAAAAGUGGUGCAUGUUUUUAAAUAUGAAAACGGCGAUAUACUUUACCAUAAACUAUAAUGAUACGUAUUGCAAUUAUUGUGCUAUAUAUAAUUAUAUGUCAAUACUUUAUAGCUGUAAUUAAUAUACCAACUUGUGUUCGUAUGACAUUUUUUUCUAGAUAUUUCACCUUGAAGUAUUGACACAUAAUUAAGAAUUAGCCUGUAUAAUAAAGUCAAUUGUAUUGCAACAAUA